AAAGAAAUGCCAAAAGUUUGUGAUUUCAAAACAUUGUCACAAAAGUCAACGCCUCUCCAUCUCUCUUUCUACCCUACUACCCUUCUUCUUCAAUUUCUUCUCUCUCUCUCUCUCUCUCUCUUACCUUCCAACAACCCAAAAACUCUCACCUUUGUCUGUAAUGGUGCUUUAGGACUUUCUUUCUAGUUUCUAGUUUUAGUUUUCUCCGACUGGGUAAUUAAUUGUCAAUUGAAUUGAUUCUAUAUGGGCAACAGUUCAGGGAAAAUCACCGCUUGUUUCACCGGCGCCGGCAAUGUUGUCGGUCGGAGAAAAGACACUUCAGUCUUCCUUUCCGAACCUAUUGAUGAUCUAGGCCACUCUUUCUGCUAUGUAAGACCAGACCCAACUUGUAUUUCAUUAUCAAAGGUCCAUUCCGAAGAAACCACAACUUUCCGGUCCAUCUCCGGCGCCUCCGUCAGCGCCAACACCUCCACCCCACUUUCUACAGCCUUGUUCGAUCUAUACAGCUACAACAGCAUCGACAAGGCAUCUGCUUUCGAGAGCUCAACAUCCUUCGCUUCAAUCCCCCUUCAGCCAAUUCCCCGUGGUUCGAUCUAUUCCUCCGGCCCUUUAUCGAAUUACGCCGGCGUAUUCGCAUCGGGUCCGAUGGAAAGAGGUUUCAUGUCCGGUCCAAUCGAGAGAGGAUUCCAAUCGGGGCCUUUAGAUCGAGGUGGGCUUUUCUCUGGACCCUUGGAAAAGGAAAAAGGGUGCUCCGAUCAGUUUCAGAGAAGCUACUCUCAUGGCGGAUUUACUUUCAGACCUAGAUUUAAGAAACAAACGUUUAUCCGUCGUAUUCAGAGAGCUAUUUCGAAAACAGUUUCUCGUGGGCAUAAUUCCAUUGUUGCACCUAUCAAAGCGAUUGGUUCUUUGAAAGAGCAGGAAUGGAAUGAGAAGAACAAUGAACUUACAAUCAACAGCUCAACUUUAUGCAGUGAAAUGAGUCUUGAAGAUGAUGAUACACUUGAGGGUCAGAAUCUUCAAUGGGCACAAGGAAAGGCCGGCGAAGAUCGGGUCCACGUCGUUGUCUCCGAGGAACACGGGUGGGUAUUCGUUGGAAUCUACGACGGAUUCAACGGUCCAGAUGCGCCUGACUAUCUUCUCUCCAGUCUUUAUCCAGCUGUACAUAAAGAACUCAAGGGUUUACUAUGGGAAGAAAAGUCAGAAUCCAACACCGGAUCACCAUUUUCCUCCGACGAUUCAAAUCUGAAAGACGGAUGCUCUCGUUGCUCCGAGCAAGAUACCCAUAUGAAGAAUUUCAAUUCAACCGCGAAUGUGAGGAAAAAGAAAGUCAAAUCAUCAUCAAAGAUCAAGUAUAAAGGUGCAGCGAAGAAAUGGGAGGAGAAUCAGAGAAGAUGGAGAUGCGAAUGGGAUCGGGAUAGGUUGGAAUUGGAACGCAGGUUAAAAGAACAGUUGCAUCAGACUGGAUCCAACGGAAUCAAUCAUUCGGAGGUAUUGAAAGCCCUCUCUCAAGCAUUAAGGAAAACAGAGGAAGCUUAUCUGGAUCUUGCAGAUAAAAUGCUCGACGAAAAUCCUGAGCUAGCUUUAAUGGGUUCUUGUGUUUUAGUGAUGCUGAUGAAAGGAGAAGAUGUUUAUGUAAUGAAUGUGGGCGAUAGUCGAGCUGUUCUUGCACAAAGUGCUGAACCAGAUCUUUGGAGUCAAGAUUUGGAAAGGAUAAGUGAAGAAACCUUAAAUGAUCUUGAAGGAUAUGAUUAUGAUAAGAAAACAAAAUCAGAUUUGAAAGCUUUUCAAUUCACAGUAGAUCACUCCACUUCUGAAGAACAUGAGGUUUUGCGGAUAAUGAGCGAACAUCCAGAUGAUGCUUCGGCUGUGUUGAAUGAUCGGGUUAAAGGCUCGUUGAAGGUCACUCGAGCUUUCGGUGCUGGUUUUCUCAAACAGCCAAAGUGGAACGAUGCCCUUCUUGAGACGUUUAGAAUAGAUUACAUUGGAACUUCACCUUACAUCAACUGCCUUCCGUCACUUUACCACCAUAAACUAGGGCAAAGAGACAGAUUCUUGAUACUCUCAUCUGAUGGGCUCUACGAAUACUUUACAAAUGAAGAAGCGGUUUCUGAGGUUGAACUUUUCAUUUCAUGGUCGCCCGAUGGAGAUCCCGCACAGCAUUUGGUAGAGGAGUUAUUGUUUCGUGCUGCAAAGAAAAAUGGUUUGGAUUUUCAUGAGCUGCUCGAGAUUCCUCAAGGAGAUAGGCGUCGAUACCAUGACGAUGUUUCUAUUAUUGUCAUAUCUUUGGAGGGUAGGAUAUGGAGAUCAUGUGUAUAAUCGAAAAAUUGUUGGUAAACUUUCGUGAAAACUUGAUAAGUUGAUAAAAAGAAAUCGUUUAUCCCUUUUGAGCUUGGUUUCUUUCGCACUUCUUCUUAGAGAAUUACAUGUCCCAUAAAUUGUAAUUUUUGAAAUAAAUGGAAUUCCCUGAGAAAUUAUUUUUGCUCUCA